AUGAAGGAGAAUAAAGAUAAUUUGAAAACUUUUGAUCUUUCAGCCUUAAGCCAAAAUUGGACUUCCACACAACGGUUUAAUGUUGCAGCUUUAUGUGCCCACGUUGUUUUCGAGACUGUGUGGUCAGAUACUGAUUCUGAAUUAGAAUGGAAAAAACAAUUUCUUGCUAAUACGUUUCAACAUUUAGCUGCUGACGAGACAGAAGAAAAUAACAAUGGCAAUGACUACACAAUGGAUUUUGACUUUCUAAUAUCCACAUUCAAGCAAUCAGAUAUUCGUGAAGAGAUUAUUUCAGAAAUUUUGUUAGUAUGUCUUGGUCUCACGCGGAAUGAUUCAGACAAUUCCAAUAAAGAAGUGAAUUUAAAAGAAAGAUAUAAUAAUAUAGUAUCAGGUGUAAGUAAUUCUGAUACGAAAUUAUCAGAUUCUAUAGUCCUAGUGAAUAAGCCAGUUGAAUAUGACGCUCGAUCAAGGGCAAUUUUAUUCAAGCAUGCAAAAUAUUUGGAUGUCCCUACAUCUACUGUCAAAUCAUUAGAAAAAGCGUUGGCACAACAAUUAUAUUUUUUACAACAACAACAGAUUGAAUCUGAAAAUAAUUCUGAAAAUAGUGAUCAAAAAGUUCAAGUAUUUAAUAAUAGCGCAAGUACUAGCCUUAUUAGUCGUGAUAAAAUGAAGAAAAAAUGGCAAUGGAUGGCUACUGGUGUUGGUGUCGUAGUGGGUGCAACUGCAAUCGGUUUAACCGGAGGAUUGGCUGCACCGCUUGUUGCCGCUGGAAUAGGUGCAAUUACUGGUGCAGGGAUUGUCGCAACCGCUGCAUCAAGUGUAGCAUUAAUGACAUCGCUAUUCGGGAUUGCUGGAGGUGGACUUGCAGGUUACAAGAUGCAUAAAAGAAUGCAAGGUCUAAAGGAAUUUUCUUUUAUUCGGAUUGUUCACGAUAAUUCAAUUCCUCUUAUUCCAUCUCUUCAUGUCAACAUUGUUAUUUCGGGGUACCUUUUAGAAGAUGUUAGUGAAGUGACCACUCCUUGGCUUCCUACAUUUGAGAAAGUUGACAAUUUAAGUGAUACAUUCGCGUUGAAAUUUGAUCCAGAAAUUCUUUUGUCACUUGGUCGAGCAUUUCGUCGAUUUUUAGCGGAAUCUGCUGUUAAGGUGGCAGCAAGUGAAGCUAUAAAAAGGACCGUUUUUGCAACUUUAGCAAGCGCGCUUAUGUUGCCAGCUGCUUUAAUGAAAGCUGGUGAUUUAAUAGAUAAUCCAUGGGCUCUUGGUGUAGAUCGUGCAAAUAAAGCAGGUUUAGUGUUGGCUGAUGUUUUGAUGGAACGUGUUCAAGGAAAAAGACCAACAGUUUUGGUUGCCUAUUCACUUGGUGCUUUAGUCAUUUGGAAAUGUUUAAAAGAAUUAAUAAAAAGAAAUCAAUAUGGGCUGAUUGAUAGUGUUGUUCUUAUCGGUGCACCUAUUUCAUCUACUCCAAUUUCUAAAUGGGAAGAAGUUUCUGGUGCUGUUUCUCGCCGUUUCGUAAAUGCAUAUGCAACAAAUGAUGUCGUUCUUGGUGUGAUUUAUCGAAUGCAUUCUUUGGAUCUAAAUGUUGCGGGACUUAAACCAGUGGAAUGUCCUAAUAUAGAGAAUUUUGAUAUUACUGAUUUGACAACUGGGCAUUUAGGAUAUCGUGAACCUGAGGUGUUAACAAAUAUUCUUAAAAGAAUUCAAUUGGAUUAA